ACGUCACGUCUUGAUUGCGGAAGUGGUCCGGCAGGAUUAUUGCAACGUGAAUUUGCUGUAAGAUCAAUUUCACUGAGAACUUGAAUGAGUUUUGCUUGAAAACAGUCAGUCCGCGAUGGCAGCUCUUAAAUACGCCGGAAUGGAUGAUACAGACAGUGAAGACGAGCUUCCUCCCGGCUGGGAAGAGAGGUCCACUAAAGACGGAUGGGUUUAUUAUGCCAACCACGAGGAAAUGAAGACUCAAUGGGAGCAUCCCAAAACUGGGAAGAAGAAACGCUGUGCUGGAGCUUUGCCAUAUGGAUGGGAGCAGGAGACCGAUGAUAAAGGCCAAGUCUUCUAUGUUGACCACAUCAACAAACGCACAACAUAUUUUGACCCUCGGCAGGCCUUCACCGUAGAGGACAUGCAGGUGAAACCCAAGCGCUUCGAUGGGAACACCACGGCUCUGGAGGUCCUGCAGGACUGUGACCUGUCUGAUAAGGUGGUGGUGAUUACCGGAGCAAACUCUGGCAUCGGUUUUGAGACCGCCCGAUCUUUCGCUCUUCAUGGUGCACAUGUGAUCUUAGCAUGCCGAAAUCAAAGUCGUGCCAUUAAAGCAGUGAGUCUGAUCACAGAAGAAUGGCGCAAAGCCCGUGUUGAAGCCAUGAUGCUGGAUUUGGCUUCCUUGAGGAGCAUCCGAGAGUUUGCAGAGAUCUUCAAAGCCAGGAAACUGCCGUUGCACAUCCUAGUGUGUAAUGCAGCGGUUUGCACGCAGCCCUGGAAUUUAACAGAGGACGGGCUGGAAACCACCUUUCAGAUCUGUCAUCUUGGCCAUUUCUACUUGGUUGAGCUCCUGCAGGACGUCCUGCGGCACUCCGCUCCGGCUCGGGUGGUGGUGGUUUCCUCAGAGUCUCACAGGUUCACAGAUCUGGUGGACUCGUGUGGGAAGGUGGAGCUGAAUCUGCUUUCACCUCCACAGAAGGAGUACUGGUCAAUGCUAGCCUACAACCGUGCCAAACUCUGCAACAUCCUCUUCUCCAGCGAGCUGCACCGCCGCAUGUCGCCCCACGGCGUCACCUGUAACGCACUGCAUCCUGGGAACAUGAUGUACACCUCCAUCCACCGCAGCUGGUGGCUCAUGACCCUGCUCUUCACCUUUGCACGACCCUUCACCAAGUCUAUGAUCUGAGACGCUCCUGCACUAUUUGAAGAUAAAGCGGCCAUCUAUUUCAUGUGCAUCUCACAGAAGUUAACUUCCUGCAGGAGUUGCGUGUGAAGUAGCACAGGACGGUUUCUUCGGUGAGAGGGAGGGACAUAGAAGACGAGUCUGGAAACAUUUGAACUGCACGUCAACUCUAAUUCUGUCUGACAUGUUUUUCUUUUCCCCUGAAUCUUUCCCCAAGACAGUUAAAACCCCAGGAUAGUCAACCAUCCCCGACAAUUAGCCGCUGAUCAGCCAUGUGGAAAAGUGCAGAGCAUCUGUAAGACGUGAAGAGUCAUUUGUUUUUGUGUAAACAAUCAAACCCGAGGGCAUGAACAAAAUAAACACAAAAGAGGCAUGACUGGGGGCGUACAUGUUGCGAAUCGGACCCAAAUGAGUGGUUUUGAUAUUUCAUGAGUACUUCAUUAACGUGAGGGGGUGAGGGUGGAAUUGCUAGGCUGACCUUUGAACCUUGGCUGAACACUAUGAUACCACUAUGAUCUUAAACUAGUUGUAUGACAGAUGUUGAAGCUGAAGGGUGUAAUAUAUAUUUUUCUCUCAAAUGUUUGUUUGAGGGGGCCAGCAUCUCAACUUUUGACUCAACCAAUGGUGUGACAUUGAAGACUAACUAUUUUUCGAACAGUGGAAGAAUGGAGGACUGUUUUCCGCAAUUUCACUUGUAGCUGCUAGUUUGGGUUAGGGUUACACCUUGACCUUCACCUUUACAUCUUAAAAAAAGUAAUUCCAGUAAUUGCUUCCUGUCUUAAAAGGGGUUCACACUGAAAACGAUUAAGUCGCUGGAGUUUGCCAAAGUCCUAUUAGCAACUGCAGUGUCCAUCUGUAUUAGAUGGGGGAUUGUGUAUCUGCAUUCCCAUUGGUGGUCACCUAAUUUGAACUCGCCAAUGGUCUUUGUCGGCCUUGUCUCCUCAAAUCGACCACUCUCAUUGAAAACGACUGACUUCCAGUUGCUUGGCUGCUUCAAAUCGCUGUCAGUGUGAACGGCCCUUUAGAGCUUUACAUGGGGCCUGACCAUUUAUGCAUGCAUUACAGAGUAUACUGGAAUUUGCGGUAUACGUCUCCAAACUGUCUUUAGUACCCUUCCAUUGGAUAACUUUGUGCUGGAUCCCUUUUUUAGGAUUUAAAUUUGUGUUUGUGUGUGUACGUGUAGACGCCUUCUCCAGCAAUGACAGAAAGUCCCCAUUGACUCGGUGACAUCUAGAAAUCCCUUUGACAUGAGAUGAAUGGACAGUUUUGGCAGGCUGCCCCACAGUCGUCUUUGCAAGACUUCCCCAAAGCACGUCUUCUCUGCUAUGUACAGUAUCUACAACUAUACUGUUUUUGUGUGUGUGUUGAUCAUUGUCUGUGAUUCUUGGCAGGCGUACAAGAGAUAUACAAUAAACCUGCCAAUUGAGCGCUUCUCAGUUCCAGUUUCUGAGAUAUUUUAUCCUGUUUUUCCUACUUAUAGAGCAGAUAACAUGUCAUUGCUAUUGUAGUCGGCUGGUUUUUCAGCUAACCGUUGAACCCUAGAGAGGAUACAGCAUUCAGACAUCAUGAGGUUUGAGUCCACCUUAAAAGCUUUUAUAGAACUUGCCAGAAUUGAACACUUCCACUAUAAACCAACUCAUCUCGGUGGUUCCUAAACUAGUAUUUGGCAGGUACCUAUAUGAAAGCAUGCAGAUUGUUGACAGCCAUAUGUCCGAUGUACAAGUACAACAGGAACUCCAUUUGAACAGGUUCACAGUCUGUCCCAUGGUGUCUUUUGACAGGCUGUGAAUCACUUCCCCCAUCUCAUGAUCAGUUUUAGGGGAGAAAAAGCAAGUCUCGGAUGGUUAGAGGUGUCUUUGGUAUUGCCCCGACCCUUUGAAGAGGGUCACCCAGUUCUUCAGGCUCCAUACAAGAACAACAGUAUUUAUUUUUGCUCACAUUGCUUCAGUUUAUUCUGAUAUUUUCAUUUUUGUUUCCACAGCAACAGGGAGCUGCCACUACAGUCUACUGCGCCGUGGCUCCAGAGCUGGAGGGUAUC